GCUGGAUCUUUUGUUCCCCAGAAAGGGCCUCAAGAGAACUGUGAUGAGAGGGAGGGGAGGGGGACCUGGGAGCUGCUGGUUCAGUGCACUCACACACUCACACGGAUGUCUCUCUAGGAGCAAGGGGGAUGUUGGCAAUUUUUAAUGCAUGCUCAAGAUGAUGCAAACGUGUCCCCAAUUGUCCCAGUGAGGAGUGACUGAGCCCCCUGGCUGUUCUUUGUGCGUCUGUUCUCUCUCUCCGAUCUGCUCUUGCCUUGCAAAAUUCGCCUGUUUUUUUUUUUUGGAAACACUACAAAGUCAACCUAUGGCUUGGGGAGGCUGUGCGUGGUCCUUUGGAUUUACAGGAGGACUGAUUAUAUCUAUCCUGGGUUACUGUUACUCAGUGGAGUUGGUGUUCACAGUGGAACCCAGUGAUGAAGUUGCUGUACCAGGACAACCCUUGACCCUUCUCUGUUCGGCAGAUGGCGUGCAACCAAUCACCAUCACAUGGAGGAAGAAUGGCUCCCCUAUUUGGAAUGAGGCCCAUGUACUACCUUUGCCUAAUGGCACACUCUACAUUCCACUAUUCAACUCUGAGCAGGAAGAUGAACCCUCUGACCAAGGAGAAUAUGACUGUGUGGCACAUAAUCGAUUUGGGUCGGUGGUAAGCCGCAAGGCUAAAAUACAGUCAGCAGUCAUGUCUGAUUUCUACAUCUUCCCACGAGAUACAAUUCUAGAAGAGGGUGGUGUAGCUAGAUUUCAGUGUCAGAUCCACGGGCUACCAGAACCAGAAAUUGUGUGGGAAUGUAACGGGAAGAUUAUUGAUACCCAGAACCUCAGGUAUACCCUACUGCCUACUGGUGUCCUGCAGAUAACUGCGCUGCGUGCUGAAGAUUCUGGUAUAUACAGAUGUGUAGCCACCAAUGCAGCAGGAGUGAAGUAUAGUCCUUACGCUACACUGACAGUCACAGAUUUCCAUUCCAAUGGUUACAAAGACCCAAUGAUCCUGGUUGGCCCCGAGAACCUCACUAAGACCGUUCACCAAACAGCAAUCCUUGAAUGUAUGGCCACAGGGAACCCUCGUCCCAUUGUAUCCUGGAGCCGACUUGAUGGACGCCCAAUAGGAGUGGAAGGUAUACAGGUGGUAGGGAAUGGGAACCUCAUGAUUUCAGACUUGACUGUUCAUCACUCUGGUGUCUAUGUGUGUGCUGCCAACAAACCUGGAACUAGAGUGCGCCGGACAGCACAAGGGCGACUGGUAGUGCAAGCUCCAGCUGAAUUUGUCCAACACCCACAGUCAAUAACUCGGCCUGUUGGUACUACCGCCAUCUUCACUUGCUUGGCACAGGGAGAGCCAUCCCCUCAGAUCACUUGGUUGAAGAAUGGCCAGGAAUUGGAACCCAGUGGACACAUCAAGUUAAAGAACAACAACAGCUCUCUCACCAUUUCUGGAAUAAGCCAGGAGGAUGAGGCUAUCUACCAGUGUGUAGCACAGAAUAGUGCUGGUUCCAGCCAAGCUAGUGCCCGUCUGUCUGUGCUCUGGGCAGAGGGCUUGCCUGGUCCACCCCAAGGCAUCAGAGCCACCACUGACUCAUCCACUUCCAUCCUAGUCUCCUGGAGCGAACCACUGGAGAACACAAGGGAAAUAAUUGGCUAUGUGGUGCACAUCCGGAAAAUUGCAGACCCUCUACAAAUGGAAUAUCAAGAGGCAGUGAGCAAGGACACUUUACAACAACUGGUGACAGACCUUGAACCUUCCACUACUUAUAGCUUUUACAUAAAAGCAUAUACCUCCAGAGGUGCCAGCAAAGCAUCAGUUAGUGCACAUCAAAGGACUCUUGGAGAAGUUCCUGCUGUACCAUCACUGUACAUUAAGGUUUUGAACAGUACAGCCAUCCAGGCCGCAUGGGAACCAUCAAUAAAACUGGGCCAGAUUGAGGGCUUUAAAUUGUAUUACCGCAAGGUACCAACACCAGAUUACACUGGCCCCAUGCUCCUGCCCAGCAAUGUCACAUCUUAUAACAUCUGUAGGCUUGACCCCUUAGUGGUUUAUGAAGUAAAGCUUCUGGCAUUCAACCAACAUGGAGAUGGGAAUUCUACUGUACGCUUUGUGUCCUUAAAGGAAGCAUCAGCACGAGCAGUAUUAAACCCAUCCUGUAACUGUGUGAGUGAUGAGCAGAGGCCUAAAUCCUCUACUACUGGUAUCAUCAUUGGUAUCCACAUCGGAGUGACCUGCAUUAUCUUCUGUGUGCUUUUCCUAAUAUUCGGGUAUCGUGGGAGGCUCAUGAAAUGUAAAUCUGUGCAAGAACAGCGCUCUGUCCCACAGCCAACCAGUGCUGGAAGUGGACGGACUACGGAUGGAGCCACUCAAAAUGGCACUCUUCUGAGGGUUAAUGAGGCACCAGGUUCUAAGGAGAAAGAAAGUGAUCUAAAUGAGAUGGAACAUCUUUUUCCUCAUUCAUCCCCACACCAAGAUGGCAGCACUUUGUGUCCCCCGGUUAGCCCUCUCACUGUGGAGGAGACACUGGUUUCCGCAAUCACGCCGGAUGAAGUCCAAUUUUGCGAGGAAGACCCUCCAGGAACCCACACUCUAAACCUUCCGCCAGUAAAAAGAGACUGAUCCCGUUUGACUACCCUGUAAAUCAGAACUCACCCCAAAUCCUCGUUGCUUUAGCCAGCCUGGUCUGGCAGAGCUUUUUACUCAAUCUCAGGUCUCCAUUUUCUAAACCCAGCAGCCCCUGGCAUCUUUUUGAUAGAGUUUUGUACUUUUUUUUUGUAUGUGAGAACUUAGCACUUAUGGACUGUUGUUCUUAAAAAUACUUUAAGCAGCCAUUUUUUCCCACAACCAUCACAUAUAAAUCACCUGCUUUAAGCCCUUUGGCUGCAGGGCUGAAGGACAUUUUUGGGGAUGUUUUAUGUUGCGACUGGUUUAUAAUUACACUUAUUAGAGAUGAUUGUUAAUGUCGCUGGGAUACUCCCGGUAAGGUCUGCUGCUCUCGAAGUUUGGUCAUAUAUUCAUUUUGUAAUUCCUUGACUGUUAAGAAAGAGAAGAAUAAUGGAUAAAAAGAGUAACAUGAAGUCCGUACAGAGGUGAUUCUCCAAACCUACCUCAACCAGGAUGAAUGUUUUCAAGUACGAUCUGCUUCUUUUUCCUGUCUCUUUAGUAGACGGCCAGUACUGCCCCACAGUGGGCUUUGGUAUUUAGGACAUUUGUUCUAUUUUUAACUUUGGGAUUCAAGGGAGAAUACAGCUGAGCAUUAACUCAAAUUUACCAGAAGGAUCCAUCUAAUAAGGAAUGCAAAAAUAAGGUAUAUUCAGCAUUGUACAGUGAGAGUGAAAAAGUAGUGGUGAAACCAUCACCAAACCUUGAUAAUAACAAUGUGAAAUGUGUUCUUUUUUGCACUGGAAAAUACAGAACUGGUGCCAUUUUAUUGCCCGGUGUGUUGAGACACAUGCUUUCUGCUCCAUGUUCUUAAUAUAGCAGUACACAAAACUGUGCCAGGAGAUAUAAUAUUUAACUAUUUCCCUUAUUGUAUAAGGUUUAUUUAACGCAAGGAGAGUCACAGCACUACCUGUAACUGACUUUUAAAAAUGUAAAUGCUUCCCGUUGGGACCUAACAGGCUACUUGCCCGAGAUAAAACAAUAAACAUACGUUUUAAUAGUUAGGACCAUCUCAGAAAUAUGUAUUACCUAUACUAAAUGUAGCAUGAAGUUUGGAGUAUUUCUAAAUGCUAUUCCUGUCUUCAUUAUCUCCAUGCAUUAAAUGCAUUGUAUCUUAGUAUCUGUCUUGCACAUCAUCCCACAUUACAAAUUGUACCAAGGCCCUCUUUCCUUAAGUUAUCAGUCACUCCAAGCAGUCAGGAGCAAGGCCACCUCACUUAGAUUCCCCAGUAGAAAUGUGAUGCCAGACACUGAGUUAAUCUUGGGGGCAGAAUAGGCCCAGUAUUAACUGAGCCAAAGUCAGUUUUUGCUAUAUUUGCAUAAUGUAAAUGUAUUCGACAAAGUCUUGAAUGAUGAGACUAAACAACAGCCUCAUUGACCAAUGGAAAGGAGGGCAGGAGGGUGUAUAUGUGCAUGUACCACUGCAAUCUGUACUCUGUGGAGGCUUAUAAUGGUAGCACAAGGUGCAAACACAAGGAAGUUCAAGGUAGACAAUACAAGGAGGUGUUCCAGGGCAUAUCCACAGCUCUUUGCACUCCAAAGAAUUGCACCUUGAAGUACAACUAGGAAAUGAUACACCAAAGGGCCGAUUCACUAACUUCGAGUGAAGGGUUCGAAGUAAAAAAACUUCGAAUUUCGAAGUGUU